AGCACCGAGCAGGGAUUUCCGGGCUUAGAGAGCUGGACUUGGGGGGCCAUGAGUUGGAUUCCUUUCAAGAUUGGGCAGCCUAAGAAACAGAUUGUACCCAAGACAGUCGAGAGAGAUUUUGAACGCGAGUAUGGAAAGCUUCAACAGCUGGAAGAACAGACUAAGAAACUUCAGAAGGAUAUGAAGAAAAGUACAGAUGCUGACCUUGCAAUGUCAAAGUCAGCUGUGAAAAUCUCCUCUGACUUACUGUCUAACCCACUCUGUGAGCAAGACCCUACAUUUCUUGAGAUGGUGACAGCUUUGGACACUGCAAUGAAAAGAAUGGAUUCUUUCAACCAGGAGAAGGUGAACCAGAUCCAAAAGACAGUCAUUGAGCCCUUGAAAAAGUUCAGUGGUGUCUUCCCUAGCCUGAACAUGGCAGUGAAGCGGCGUGAACAAGCUCUGCAGGAUUACAAGCGUCUGCAAUCCAAGGUGGAGAAGUACGAAGAAAAGGAGAAGACAGGACCCAUCCUGGCCAAGCUGCACCAGGCACGGGAAGAACUAAGGCCAGUGAAAGAAGAUUUUGAGGCCAAGAACAAGCAACUUUUGGAAGAGAUGCCCAAAUUUUACAGCAGUCGGAUUGACUACUUUAAGCCAAGCUUUGAGUCUUUGAUACGGGCUCAGGUUGUGUAUUACACUGAAAUGUACAAAAUUUUUGGAGACUUGACAGAACAGAUUGAUGAACCCGGCUUGACUGACGAAGAGCGGGAGAAGGAGAACGAAGCCAAGCUGAAUGAACUGAGGGCCCUCUCAAUUGUGGCUGAUGAUUGACCUGCAAUCGCUACAGCGCUGAAGAAGGCUAAUGCAAGGGCAGAUUGACUCCAGGGAAAGCUUUACUUGCUGUUCUCCAAAGACUUGGGCCUCUGCCUUUUUAACCGCAGGCACGUAUGCUAUUUUGAGCUGGGUGGAGGGAGGGUCCUCGCAGCAGCUCCCAAGGAUGUCCUGCAACAGAUGUUUAAUGGAACAGCUUACUCCAUUUUUCAGCCUAAGGUCUGUCUCUGUAGUUCCUGCAGUGCCAUUACACUGCUACUUAACCUAGGAUACCAUCACUUCCAAGCGUCUGCUGCUUUCUUUAAUGGUGCAUAGAAAUGUUCAUCUGUUUUGAUGAGGCUCCUCAGCCGCUAUAGCAUUUUUUCCCUCCUGUAUCCCUUGGUUUCAGUAAGUGGGUCACAUUCAAGAUAGGAUUGAGUUGCUGUGCCUUUAAGAGAGACUGUCAUACACGGUGCCAUUUUCUAAAGAAGGAACUACUAGGUUUGCUGGUCUGCAUGGACUAGAAGGAUGUAGAAAACAGCAUCUGUUUUGUACAGUGUGUUAAAUAUAUUGUUGUUUUUCUCAAAGUAACUCAUUGUGGCCGUAGCAAGCAGGCUGUGAGGCAGAGGCAAAGCAGCACGGAGUUCCAUGUGAUCUCAGGCUGAGACUACACAAUCACUCAAUUGACCACCGGGUACAAGUAAGCAGCCAGGUUUUUUUCACCCUUCUGGGGCGAUAGGUCUGUUUAAUGAGUAAAAAACUCUGCACAUCUUGCAUAUAGGGAAAGGUUUAAGCCCAGAUGAAGAAAUGGCAAAUAUGUGCCAUUUGUCAGGGAGGCUCCCCUAUAAAGCAGGGCCCCAAUGGUGGCUUCUCUCCCACUUCCCCCAGACAAAGGCCACUAUCCAACCCCAAAGCCUUUAUCUUCCUGUAGACCUCUCCAAACUGUUUUAGGAUUUAAUCAAAUUGAGCCAAGGAGAGAGAGAGCAAGAGAGAGACAGAUGACUCAUAAUUUUGUUUCUGUAACUUCUAUCUAACUCUAUUUUUGGAAAAAAAAUAAAAUUCUCAAACUA